AGGAUAAGUUAUGAGCGAAGGGAGUCUAGGAAAUCCAGUUGAUCGAGGUUGGUCCUGGGUAAUUCUAGGAGCAAGUUCUGCAAUUUCAUUUUUGCAUAUUGGAUCAAUCAAGUCUUUUGGAUUGUUCUUCGUCGAGUUUUUGGAGAUGUUUGAUGCAAGCGUCUCUGUGACGUCACUGAUAUCGUCACUUCAGGCCGUCUGUUUUGCGGUAGUUGCCUUGCCAGUCUUAUCCAUAGGAAUAAAUUUCCGAUCAUCCCGGUUCUUUUGUCUUGUUGGUGGCAUCCUUUGUACAGCUGCAUACGCUCUGAGCGCAUUCGCCAUGAAUGUUGAAUUUAUCAUUUUCACGCUCAGUAUUCUCUUUGGGUGUGGCGGAGGAUUUUUAUUUCCCCCAACGCUUGUGAUUCUUGGCAGAUACUUCAAAAAGCGACGGGGAUUAGCAAAUGGUCUUUCAAUGGCAGCAUCGUGCUUAGGGGGUCUGGCUUACCCAUUAUACAUUAGACUUUGCAUGGACAAGUAUGGCGUCCGAGGAGCAUUAUUGCUUGUUUCAGGAUUAUAUAUGCAUAUUCUAAUAGCCUCCUGUCUUUUGACCCCUCCAGAACAAUAUAAAGUGUAUAAGGAAACCGACAAAUUGCCCGAAAACGAAAACCUCUUACAUUCACCAACCGUGAAACAAGGGAAUAAUGACACAUUAGCAGAGGAUAACAAUGUACUCUCAAGUUCACUUCCAAAUAUACGUUUAUCCAGGGAACCUAUCAAAACAAGACGAAGAACAGUCACAAUUUCACAUGAGGAGAAUCCUCCUUCAACACACAAACUUAAAACUCCUAAUUUCUCGCAAUAUCUGAGCAAUAUGAGUUUAAUGUCCAUAUCAUUGGUUGAUUUAAGCCUUAAGAAAUCCACGACAAACAUGAAGUCAAAAGAGAUGAAGUGGUAUGACUACUUGAAGAAAAUAGAUUUUGCUGUCCUCAAACAAAUUGAAUUCAUAUUAUUUUUAGUUGCCUUCUGUUUCUCAGCUGUACCUGCCGUCUUUUUUGUGUUUCUACCAGCAUUUGCUCGAGAAAAGGGCAUCUCAGACAACGAAAUUCUUAUAUUGGUAUGCAUUGCAGGAUUUAUGGAUUUUCUUGGGAGGGUUGUUUGGGGAUUUCUCUCUGAUAUUCAACGAAUUCGCACAUCCCAUGUCAUUGUUGUUACAAUGUUCAUUCUUGGUACUUUAAGCCAGAUGACCCGCCUUCUAGAGUCUUUCGAAGCAUUCUGUUUGUUUGUUACACUGUAUGGUUUUUUCGCCGGAUCUCCAUUUGCACUAUUUUCUUCCAUGAUAAUCAAAAUUGUCGGAAUCGAGAAAUUUCCCACGGCGUAUGCCUGCCUUAUUUUGGCACAGACAUGUACCAUAGCAACGUCAAUACCAUUUUCUGGAUAUCUCAGAGAUUUGACCAGUGGUUACUAUGCAACUUGCCAUUACAUCGGAACAAACGCACUCAUAUCAGCCCUACUCUUUUUAUUUGAACCAAUCGCACAAAAGAUGGAUUUGAAAAGACACAUUAAUAUACAAACCCAGAAUGUUCAAAUUAGUGACCUACAGAAAAAUGGAACUUGACACAAGUUAAGAAAUUUAUGACUAGGCACAUUUUACAAUUUAGAAGAUACAGAAUAUUCACUUAAAUCAAAAAGAACAAUUUUUACAAAUAUGUUGUAUUAACAACCAGACUUUCAGCAGGUUCAACCUUAGAAAGUGCAAUGCUGGUUAAUUUUUACAAUGAGCUUUAUUGAAUAUUUGUGAUUAUAACAGCAAAAGUUCUCUUUCACCCUUUCCCUUUCUUUCUCUCUUCA